AUGUUUCCCAUUGCCAUUGAAAAUGGCCGGCAUCACUCGCUUCCGCCUCUGUUGUUACCAGAUAUAUCACGAUUGAGCAACGCUGCUGCUGUUGCUGCUGCUGCUUCUGCCACUGCUACCGCUACUAAUGCUCAUCAUCAUCAUCAUCAUAAUCAUCAUGUCCAUCAUUCUGCAGCUAGUGCUACUGGUGGGAACAACUCAACGACGACAACCGUGAUUCCUGCUCAUGCACGUGCUUGGCUCUACGGUCCGCCGCCGCCCGGAACUGCCGGCGGCGUCGGCGAAAACGCAACGUUUUACCGCCAUCACGUGCCGCGGCUGCAGCCACACCCCGUGGUGGCGGGCAGUGGCGGGCUAGAAUCGCUCGCACGGCUUGCGGUUGCACACGAAGAAGUACCGCAGAAGCUGCGGCCGCUGCAGCCUCUUGCGGCGCCGUCUGCGAAGGCAGACGCAGAGGUGGUGCCUAUGGCCCGCAGUCGGUCCCGCAACAGUCCGCCUGAUGCAGAAACAUCAGGCACCAAGACUGCCGCGGCCCUACGCGGCUCUAAGAGACAGCGUGCAGGACCUUCCUGCGAUACCUGCAGGCUUAAGAAGAUCAAGUGCAACGCCCACAUACAAACACUAUGGCAACACAAGUCUUUGAUCAUGUUCAACGGCGACCGCUCGGAGUCGCUGCACGUGGAGCUCACUAUGGACGAAAUCCGUACACACGUGUUGUCGCUGACUCAGCCAUACGGUCACGUGCAUGGCGCGGUGCGCCAGCACGUGGACUCCGUGGAACGCGACGACAGCGAAGACUCUUCAAAUCCGGACUCGGACUUUCAGCAGCAGCAGCGAGGAGUACUCAUCCGUCACGUGGACAAGCUCAUUUUAUUUAAACCUUGCACUUCGUGUGCCAAGACUGCCGCAAAGGGCACUUGCAAUUUUGGCAAGGGCUACACUCGUGCGGAUAUUGCGGUUUUCACGCGGCUGUGUCGUAAACUAGGCACCCGCGCUCAACUUUCGGAUUUUUCCGUUACGGACUACCGCGACGCAGGGUACUGA